AUAUUUUUCUAAGUUCUGUAUCAUGAUUUUUCGAGUGGAACAUGUGUGUAUAAGCUUUCAACAUUAAAGAAAUUGUUUUCGUCGGACUCUUAAAUCAAUACUUUCUUUGAUCUUUCUGGCUUCCAAUGAGUUUGUUUCUCUUUUUUUUGAGCCCUCAAUGCCUCCAAAAACUUGUACUAGUGCUCUGUUCAAGUUAUCAUAACAACUGCCGAUUUUUGGAAGCGUCCUUUCUUCUUCAACUGAGUUUUGGCAUGCUUUUUUUUAACAGAAGGCAUUUUCAUUAAGCGCAAAAGUUACUUUAUCGUCCAUUGUUCUUUUGACGAAUAACGAUUUGCUGUAUCUCAUUUUUCAGAAAGCUGUGACUUCAAGUUUGAACUGCCCAAUUCUGGACAGUUUUCUGUUUAGCAAGAAUGUAUCAGAAUAAUGUGGGAGGUUCACAUGAUGGCGCUUUCCAAUCAAAUGCGAGGAGUGAUCGGUCUAAAUUAUCUCUUGAUUUCACCCAUGCUCAUACGCCAAAGAAAAAUGACAGCCAGAAUAAUAAUCCCUGUUUCCUCGACUCACCUGACAUGCAAAUGUUAAAAGUUGAUUCUCCGGAGCUUGAAAAAAUGAUUUUGGAUAAUUAUACGAUCACAGGUGGGGGGUCUUCAACGCCUACGCCUACUCAGUUUGUCAAUCCAAAAGCUGUCAGUCAAUUGGAUUCGACAUCAUACGCAACAAGUGUUCCUAACAAUCUUUACGUCGACAUAUCCUCAACGCGUUCCUCUAUGAAUGAUCUUCAGCAAUCGAUGUCUUCUUCGAUUCCAAAUCAGCGCAAUAUUGUUAUUAAUCACGGCGUACCGCAAUACAUUUCCAGUGCACCUAUUCUAAUAAACCCAAAUCAGCAUCCAACAAGCUCGGCUCAGAACUUCCUUCUCGCAAGCCUUCAAUCAGUGCCUAAAGUUACAGAAUCCGGGGCUCGUAUGAUUUUCAGUGCGCCAAAUGUAUCCUCGGAUCUAAGUCAUCAAAGAAAUCUGCUGUCUCAAAUUUCCGCACAAGCCCAGAAAAGUUGCAAUAUAAGCACAUCGUCUACUUACUUGAGCAAUGUAGAUCAGUAUUCCAAUUCAAACUCACCUAAUUCGGUGAAGACCGAACCAGGCAAUCUAUCGUCGUCCGAAUCUGUGACGUCCGCUUCCGAACAAUCGCCGCUGCCUCAUUCGAACAAUCCUUCCCUACAGGACAAAAUAAAACAAGAGCGGAAACGGCUACGCAAUAGAAUUGCAGCGACAAAGUGCAGAAAGAGGAAGCUGGAAAAAAUUUCGACGCUAGAAGACCAAGUAAAUGAGCUGAAAAAGAGCAACUCUGACUUAAGCGAGCGGAAGCACCAAUUAAGAGAGCAGAUUGCGCAUCUCAAAGAGAAGAUGAUGGUUCAUUUAAAACAUGGUUGCCAAGUACACGUCCAAAACAUGGAAGCCUUUGGCUCCUCGUGACUAAGUUAAACAAUUUUGAAGUUUUUUUUGCUGAAAUCUGUAACUCCAACUGCGUUUUUCCAACCAAAAUGUCGCUAGAAGUGUAAUCAAAAUAUUAAAUAAUUCAAUUAAAUUCUUAGCAAAAACAUCAAAUCUCAAAAAACUAGUGUUACAGGCUUUUCAAAGAGUUUUAUGAUGGCAUUUGUGUAUAGAUUUCGAUGAUCUUAUCAUUAUAAAUUUCCGUAUAUUUAUAUUUUUCGGCUAUUUGGUUGAUCAAUCUGCUUCAAAUUUGACCGUGCUAGUCUUCAAGCAUUCUUAAAUAUAUUUCCAUUUUAAUUGUUGGUGGUUUAGUUCUAAUAAAUUGCAUUCUUUAAGCGGUCUAGCUUUGCAAUAAUUAUUUGAGUCAAUGUUGUACUCAUCUCAAAUUUCACUUCCGUGUUUUGACCAGCCACUGAUAUUUUAUCUUGCAUUGUAAAAUAUUCUUCUGUAGAUUACCCGAUAUUUUCUCAAUAGAUUCUUAAUUUCUGA